AUGAGGUUUGCCCCUCUAGUCCUGAUUGGUGUGGCCCUUGCGGUCCACACCACCUUGGACCAAGUCCUCCUGAAGCCUCGCACUGAAUACAUCUUCCGCUUCGAAGGAGAUGUCCACACCGGCAUCCCUCUACCAACUGACACUGAAAUCUCGCGCUUCGAGUCGAUGGUGCAUGUCCAGACUCUCGACGAUCACUACGCCAUCCUCAAGCUGAAAAAUGUGCGAUUUGCUACUGGAAAGGACGAGCGCAAGGAGGUCUUCAAGAACAUCGAAGACCUGAAGCUCCGCACAAUUGCAAGGGAACAUCUCGAACUUCUCGAGCUGCCGGUGAGAUUUGCCUACAGAAAUGGAAUGGUAUCUGAGCUGCAGUUCUUCAACAACGACGAAACUUGGUCGAUGAACAUGAAGCGCUCGAUCAUCAACAUGCUGCAGCUCAACCUGCACAAGAUGGGACGCACAGACGAAACGAACAUGGAACGAUAUGAGAACGUUCACGAGCUCAACAAUGACUACUUCACCGCCGUAGAGAGGACAAUCGAAGGCGAAUGUGAGGUGGCGUACACGAUCGUCAGGAGGGAGGAGGACAUCACUGAGGUGACCAAGUCCGUCAAUUUCAACAAGUGCACUCACCGCCCACUCACCAUGUAUAACUUCCGCUACCUGACCGAGUGUCGUGACUGCAAGGAGAACAAUGUCCUUGAACCAACUACUGUAUACACCUAUCUGCUUGGAAAGGAAGGAAUCAAGAACGUCGAUGUUCGCUCUGUCUACACCGUCACGAUGGAGAACCAGCCGAUGAUGAAGACGGAGAUUCGCGCUCGCAUCAUUCUGGAGCGCACAGAAGAGCUUCGCGACAUCUUCGAGUGGAAAAAUGACAAGACAGAAGAUCUCAUCUACUCGAAUGAAAUCGAGAGACGCAUUGAACAAUUCUACAUAGAAGGCGAUAAGGUUGAAGUCCUCCCCUACGAAGACAUUCACAAUAAGUUCGAGGAAAUCGAGAACAUUAUCGAAGAGAUCAAGAAGAUGCGUGAGAACAAGCACGAGACCACUCAUCUGCUUUCUCGCCUCGUUUCUGUCUUCCGCAUGUGCACCAUGAAGGAGCUCGAAAUGGUCCAUGAGAGAAUCUACAUGACUGAUGAUGUGCGCGUCAAGCACCUGAUCGAGCACUGCCUUUCGAUCGCCGGAACCAAGAACACCAUCACUCAUCUCCUCAAGCAUAUGUACAAGGAGACCAUGCCGACCUACAGAAUUGUGCAUCUUCUUAAGUCUAUCCAAGAAACGCCAUACCCAUCGUACUUGACUGUUGAAGAACUGUUCAAGUUCCUUGAGAGAGAUGUCGUCAAGCGUUCGCCAGUUCUUCGCCAGGCUACCUGGCUCGCUAUCGGAUCGAUGAUGCGCGGUGUCGUCGGACACACCAAGGACGAAGUGAUCAUGAGGGAAAGGAUGAUUUUCUUCCCGGAAGAGGAAAGGAUCCGCUACAAGAAGCAUUAUGUGAACGUAAUCUUCAAGAGAGAGUAUGAAAGAGCUAAGAACACCUACGAGAAGGUGCUCUGCCUCAAAUGGCUGGCCAAUGCCGGACUCGACAUCUCUGCCUACGAACUCGAGAAGAUCAUUAUGGACAGGCGCGAAGAACUGCCUGUGCGCAUGGAGGCCAUCGACGCCCUCCGCCUUCUCAGAGAAGUGAUGCCACGCAAGAUCCAGUCCAUCCUGAUGCCGAUCUACAAGGACCGCCAUGAGGAGCCGGAACUGAGAAUGGCAGCUCUUGUCCGCAUCAUGCACACUCUCCCACACCAGCCAGUCAUUGCCCAGAUCAUCCACACCAUGGAGCGCGAUCCGAACCACCAAGUAGCCAUGUUCACCUACGACCUGCUCCACUCCUUCGUCCACACCACCCACACCUGCUACAAGAAGCUGGCUCUGGAGAUCCGACCUCUGCUGGAGAUGACCCGCUACGUGCGUGGAGAGCGCCUGCUCACUAGCACCUACAGAUACAUCCCCAUGUUCACAGAGGACGUUAUGAGCGGCAUCAACAUGGACUUCGCCACGAUCUUUGGAAAGAACUCUGUCUGGCCAAAGGAAGUCAUGAUGUCACUUGACACCGUCUUCAACGGAAUGUGGAACAAGUACCUCUUCCAGCUCGGAUUCUCACAGCAGAAUAUCGAGAAACUGAUUGAGAAGAUCACUAGCAAACUUGUCAGAAUGGAAAGGGAAGAAGAAACUGUUGUUCGCGGACGCCGCAUUCGCGAAUCGAUGAACAUCCUGAAGGAGAUCGCGAAGAAGCUAAACAUCCGUCCUCGUGUCGUUGACACCCGCACUCCUCUCGUCAUGCUCUACCUCCGCUACAAAGACAUGGAUUAUGCUGUCCUGCCCAUCAACGAGGAAAUAAUUGAUGAUCUUGUGGAGAAGUACAUCAGAGAAGGAACGCUUGAGACCAGGGAGCUCGACCGCCUCUUCAAUCGUGAUCCAGAGUUCAAGCUGCACACCUUUACGUUCCUCUUCGAGACCAUCAAGAAGAUCCCAACCACCAUUGGUCUGCCACUCAUCACCAAGGUCAAGAUGCCAACUGUGUUCUCAAUGGAAGGAGAGUUCAGAAUUGAAAGGGUCACCGACGGUCUCAAAGUCUUCCUAGACACCGAACCAACGCUGGCCACCACGAAGGUGCAUGAGAUGAGGCUGUGGAACCCACUCUACGAACAGGGUGUCAAGGUCGUCCGUACUAUUGAGGGACACAUCCCACUCAAAUUCGUCAUGGAGAUGGUGUACGACAGGGAGUACAAGCUCACAUACACACUGAACAUCCCAACAGAGGAGACGACUCUUCUCCGCGUCAUGUCCCGCCCAGUGGUCUUCUUCCGCUUCUUGAGCGGCAAGAAUGAUUACUUCCUCGAGAAGGAGCAGAGGACUGUACUGCUUCCAAUGUGGAAGACACACAACGAGAAGGAAAGGGUGUUCGAGAUCGCCGGAAUCAGAACUGUCCUCCGCGGAAACUGGCUGAACAAGUGGAACAUGCGCAAUGUUCUUCUUGGAGAGUACGACUGGGAGUUUGUCAUGAUGCCAACACAGCACACACCGAAGAAGAUCCGCUUUAUCUUCACAAGUGGAAUGAUCGAGAAUUUCCGAAUGGAAAGGCCCGACUUCACCAACCUCUUCGAGAAGGAAUUUGAGAUUGAAGAGAACGAGUAUGAGAGACUUGAGGAGAGAGACCGCCGUGACAGAUUCGAGAAGAGAAUCCGCGACGUCGAGAGGUCCGAAGGAUACAAGCACCGCAUGCACCUCAGGGUCGAGAACGUCGACACGAUGCGCCACUACGGCGAGGUCGAGCUGGUCACGAUCUGCGACGAGGAGCUCCGCUACUGCAAGCUGAAUGUGGAAGGCAAACGCACUCCCAUGCUGCGUGACGAGAGGAACGAGUGGAGGUUCAACACCAAGAUCCAGUUCCUCCUGCCCCACAUGCCGAAGACCCUGAAGGAGCUCAAGGAGCAGGUGCACCGCGAAAUCCAGGGACUUGUUGAGAUGAAAUGGGGAGAAGGCGAGUGGAACGAGCUCAAGAUGAAGAUCCAGCUGGAACAGGACAAGCACCAGAGAAGAUGGCUGAAACUGCUUGAGAAGGAGCACAAGGGACUCAAUGCCUAUGAGCUCCUCCUCAAGGCAGCGCGCCUGAACCAAUUCAAGACCGUUGUUGAGUACAAACUUACGCCGUUCUACGAGCACCUGUUCGAGAGAAUCUACAACUUCCUUAAAGGUUACACCUUGUGGAACUGCAGAGUCACCAAGGUCACAAACGAACGCAAUCGCCUCUUCUUCAAACUGAAUGUCGACCCCAUGGAGCUGCACGACUUCUACGUCCCACGACUCUACCUUCCCUCAAUCGCCAGGAGGACUCUUCGUGACAUCCGCGAUGAGAUGGUAAAGGAACGCGUGUGCGAAGUCAAGAGCAACAAGGUCAGGACCUUCGACGACGUCGUCUUCCGUGCCCCGCUCACCAACUGCUACCAUGUCAUUGCCAAGGACUGCACUGAGGAGCAACGCUUCGCUGUACUUGUCAAGAAACUCAGGAAGGAUUCGGAGGAGAAGGUACUCAAAAUCAUUAACGAGCGCGAAGAGGUGAUCAGAAUUGAAAUGGAAGAUGAGAGACUAAAGGUCUUCGUCGACAACAAGAGAAUCAACAUGGAAGAGCUGGAGAGAUACAACAUUGAAAUGAUGGAGGAGAACAUGGUCCGUGUGAAACUCGAGCACGUUGAAGUCCGCUUCGACGGAUACACAGUCAAGGUCUACAUGGGCAAACACAUGAUUGAGAAGCAGUGCGGUCUCUGCGGACACUACGACGAAGAGAGGGACAAUGAGUUCCUGACGCCGAAGAUGGAGCGCACUCAUGAUAUCAUGGAAUUCCACAAGUCCUACCUCCUUGAUGACGAGUGCAAAGUAGAGAAGGACCUGCUCAACGAGAGGAAACACUACAAGGUUGAGGAGAAACGCGUGCGCGAUGAGGACGAGUUUGACAUCAUCUUCAAUGAGGAACGCACCCGCAAGGACAAAUGGGAGGAAGAGGAAAUUCUCAAGAGAAACCAUGUGAUGGAGUUCUCCGAACGUGUAUGCUUCUCGACCGAACCAGUGCGUGUCUGCCGCCGCAAUGAAGAAAUGGGUGUCGUCGAGGAGAAGAAGGUUCGCUUCACCUGCCUCAAACGCACGUCUCAAGAAGCCCGCAAACUCCUUCACAAAGUCCACAACACCGUUCUCGACCUCCACCAUUAUCCAGUGUCCUUCGUUGAGACCAUUGAGGUCCCCAAGACUUGCGUCGUUUAUUAAGCACUAAUCAUUUAAUGUAGCACCGAAUAAAAGUCUUAGUUUCUCUAUAUCAAACAAUAGACAAUUCGAAUACGACACUUGAUAUCAUUAACAGCAGAUUUAUAUAAUUAUAUGAAAUCGUUAGCGCGCUCC